AUGCGAGCGCCGGCAGCCGCGCAGCCACAGCUCCCUGUCCCCGCGGACACCUUCCGCGGGCGCGCUUGAGCCUCCGCGCCCCGCCGGCCGGGGCCCGAGACGAUGAUUCCGCCGGGGGAGUGCCUGUAUGCCGGGAGGAAAAGAAGGAAGCCCAUUCAGAAACAGAGGCCCGCCAUGGGCGCCGAGAAGUCGAACCCUUCCAAGAGACACCGGGAUCGCCUCAACGCCGAGCUGGACCACCUAGCCAGCCUGCUGCCACUGCCACCCGACAUCAUCUCUAAGCUGGACAAGCUUUCGGUCCUGCGCCUCAGCGUCAGUUACCUCCGGGUGAAGAGCUUCUUCCAAGCCCUGCAGCAGCCGGUGGCCGGUGCCCCCUCACCAGGAGACAGGGAUCUGCGUGGAGGGUCUGCCGUGCUGGAGGGAAGGCUGCUGCUGGAGUCCCUCCACGGCUUUGCUCUGGUGGUAAGCGCGGAAGGGAUGAUAUUCUACGCGUCAGCAACGAUUGUGGACUAUCUGGGCUUCCACCAGACGGACGUGAUGCACCAAAAUAUUUACGACUACAUCCACGUGGACGACCGCCAGGACUUCUGCCGGCAGCUGCACUGGGCCAUGGACCCUCCCCAGGCUGGGUGUGGGCAGAACCUGCUCUCAGAGACAGGAGAGGACGCCAUCCUGGGGAGGCUGCUCCAGGCCCAGGAGGGGGCCGCGGGCUGGCCCACCGAGUACUCGGCCUUCCUGACGCGAUGCUUCAUUUGCCGCGUGCGCUGCUUGCUGGACAGCACCUCGGGCUUCCUGACAAUGCAGUUUCAAGGGAAACUAAAAUUCCUGUUCGGGCAGAAGAGGAGGGCCCCGUCGGGAGCCGCCCUGCCCCCUCGGCUCUCCCUGUUCUGCGUCGUGGCGCCCCUGCCUACUGCGGUGAAGAUGCAGAGUGUGUGUCUGAGGGUGAAGCACAGGGUAGACGUCUCGGCCACGCCGGACACAAAAGCAAAAGCUGCCGCAAGUCUCUGUGAACCAGAAUUGCAUGGAAAACCCAAUUACUUAGCAGGGAGGAGCAACGGAGAAAAUGGCCUGUCCGUGUUCAGGAUGCCCGCGGACGCCUGCCACUGGGGCCGGCUUGCAACCCGGGCCCCCUGCCUGUGCCUCCGGGGCGGCCACGACCUCCUCCUCCAGCCCGAGGGGGCCGCAGGGGAUGGGCGAGGAGAGGAACUAGGGGGGGUGCCGAGGGGCCCCUCCUGCCCAAGGGAGCGGAGGGACGUCCUCCCGUACAGCUGCCACCUCGAGACACAAGGACCCUCGAAGCACCUGAACUGGACGCCGGGGAGACACGGUCAGGACGGCGGCACCAAGCUGAAGCUGGAGCCCGGCAAGGGUGACCCGUUCCCCGCCGCCCCGGCCCGUGGCGCCUGCCUGCCCUACCCGGGCACACAGGGCACUGUCCACGCCGUCAGGAGUUCACCUGGCUCUCACCAGCCAAAGCCUCCCCCCGGGCCCUGCGCCGGCCGGACCAGCAGAGCCUUGCGGGAUGGCCACCAGGGCCAGGCUCCCCCUCCCACCAGCUGCCCCUUCCCUCAGGGGAGCCUGGAGGACGGGCUUCCUCGGCCGGGAGGGCAGCGUCUCCCCGCGGGGUGCUAUCCCACCGAGGACAAGCUUCGAGGUGUCCCAAUGCCCCCGGGAGCCCCGUGUAAUCCCAUAUUGUCACUCGAUGUGCCCAUCAAGAUGGAGAGCGAAUCCGGGUCCGAGGAUGCGGCAGAUGGCUACUCUGUGUCCCCGAGCCAGGCGUGGCUGGGGGCCAGCGACGUGGCCAAGAGACAGCUGGUCACUUUCCCUACCAGGAUGCACCUGAAGAUGGAGCCGGACUCCAGGCACCCCCUCUACAGCCCACCCCUGGGGCCCGGCCUGCUGGGGGCCCACCCCAGGCCUGGCAGGGAGCUGGCCCCGUUGCACCCCGCACACUGCGCCUGCCUGGAGCCUCCGCCCCGCCUCUGUGCUGGGGGCCACCAAUCCCCCAGCCUGGGCUGUGACUGCCAGGCUCCUGGGCCUGCGCCUGUAGUCAAGCUUGAGCCCCUGGACUCGCCCCCGUGGGCCGCUCACAGCCAGGGUGGGGCGCCUGGGAUGCUCCCCAGGGGUGCCUUGGCGACACGGAUGCCACCCAGAGACCCCGAGUGCACAUUCCUGCCGUAGAGCAGGCGUCUGUAAAGGCUGACGUCCGUCCCUCGGCCGGCCGGGAUAGCAGUGCAGGGGCAGAGA